AUGGCUGAGCCUCCAACAAAGCGAGCCCGACGAGUCGAUAGUAGUGCGAUGUGGGAAAAGAAUGACUCUUAUGGACGCCAACCGGACUCAGGCUCAAAUGCCGACCCCAGACGCUCACCCGCACCCCGAGAUGACAGACGCGACGGUCCUCGUGACGAGCGACGAUACAGAUCGCGCUCGCGAGAUCGCAAGAACACACGGCGAGACAGGAGCUGGUCUCGAGAUCGCCGCGACUCAGACCGAAGGAAUAGAGAUCGGGAUGACCGUGGGCCCAGGGACCGCAAGAGGAGUACUAGCCGAGACCGUGGCCAUGAUCGACGAGGUAAUGCAUCUAAAGGCGACAAUGUUCGCGACCGUUCUCGCUCCCGAUCACCCGCCCGAAAUGGAAAUACUGGACCCGGAACCCGAUCUCCUCCCCCUCGUGGCCACAAAGAUGACUGCCGACCUGGUCGCCGAGAGCGAGGCCAUGAGGACGCUAGGCAUGCUAAUGGUUCCAAUUUGAAGGAUGAAAUGGACGUCGAUUUCAAGGAGGACGCUGAUGAGGAUGAGAUCGAGGCAAUGAUGCGCAAAGCAAUGGGAUUCUCCCGUUUCCGAACCACCAAAAACACAAAAGUACCUGGAAAUGAUAUCUACGGUGUGCGCAAGGAGAAGAAGACGGAGUACCGCCAGUACAUGAACCGUUCUGGUGGUUUCAACCGACCGCUCAGUCCCUCGCGGUAA